AUGAACUACCUGACACGGUGCACGCAGCGUUUGGCAAGGAGCCUCCCCGGCUCUGCGGUCUCCGGAAGCCUCGCUUUGCCGGGCACCUCUGUAGUAAGCUCCGCACCGGGCUUCUUCCAGAGCCUUGGACCCGCCGGCGGCCAGGCGCCUCAGAGCAGCGCCAACUUGCAGCUGAGAAGUGCAAGGGCCUGGUUCGGAUUUCCGCCGAAGCUUUCCACGACGCGCUACACUGGAAUCCAUUGUCAUCCAGGUCGACCGUGGGGCUACCCGAGUCCGACGAAGCGGCAGGGAAAGGUCCGCCGACUUCCCAACGUCCAACUGAAGCGAUGCGACUUCCGCGUCUCGACCUCCAACGACGGGCAGUUCUACUUGCGGCCACCCUUUCCACCACGCAUCAAUCGCACCCUCGACGUCGAGGCGCCGGGCAAGGCGAAGAAGAAUCCAUGGCCCACAACCGUGCACAAGGAUUACAAGCUCAAGUGGAAGAACAUCGAGUAUGUCUACGUGCCACAGUUAAUGCGCAAACCUUUCGGUGGCCCUCACCAGCGUUGGGCCGGACCAGUGACCCGGAUUGAGCACCUCCAGAAUGGCAAGACAAAGUCCGAACUUGUGACACAUGAUGUCCGGCUCCUGAAGUGGUGA